GGUCCUUAACGCAACCUGCCCGCCCACCGCCCGGUAUAAAGGCGCGGCGGGCCUUGCCCCAGGGACUCGGCCCCAUGGAGACGCCGCCUGCUGCGGCAGGCGCACGGCGGGGAGCUGUGACAGGUGCCUACCACCCGUCUGAGCUGUGAGUGGCCAGGUGGAGAGAGGCCCACCCAGGAAGCCAGCCCCCCGCCAUGAGUCUGUGGGAACUUGAAGACAGCCACAGCUACCAAGGUACCCCGAGGUCGGCCCAGGAGCCCCCUGCUGAGGAGGCAGCUGCUGCUGAGCUGCAGAUGAAGGUGGACUUCUUCAGGAAGCUGGGCUACUCAUCUGCUGAGAUCCACAAUGUCCUGCAGAAGCUGGGGGUCCAGGCGGACACCAACACAGUGCUGGGCGAGCUGCUGAAACAUGGAUCGGCAGCUGAGCGGGAGCGCCAGGCCUCGCCAGACCCCUGCCCUCAGCUGCCUCUGGUCCCCCGGGGUGGAGGCACCCCUAAGGCUCCCAUCCUGGAACCCUCACCCCCAAAGGAGGACAAGGAGGACAGCGAUCUAAGGCCCGUGGUCAUCGACGGAAGCAACGUGGCCAUGAGCCAUGGGAACAAGGAGGUCUUCUCCUGCCGGGGCAUCCAGCUGGCCGUGAACUGGUUUCUGGAGCGGGGCCACACAGACAUCACGGUGUUUGUACCGUCCUGGAGGAAGGAGCAGCCUCGGCCCGAUGUGCCCAUCACAGACCAGCACAUCCUGCGGGAACUGGAGAAGAAGAAGAUCCUGGUGUUCACGCCGUCGCGGCGCGUGGGUGGCAAGCGGGUGGUGUGCUACGACGACCGCUUCAUCGUGAGGCUGGCCUUCGAGUCCGACGGGGUGGUGGUCUCCAACGACACGUACCGUGACCUCCAGGGCGAGCGGCAGGAGUGGAAGCGCUUCAUCGAGGAGCGGCUGCUCAUGUACUCCUUCGUCAACGACAAGUUCAUGCCCCCCGAUGACCCCUUGGGCCGACACGGGCCAAGCCUAGACAACUUCUUGCGUAAGAAGCCACUCACGGCCGAGCACAGGAAGCAGCCAUGUCCCUAUGGGAGGAAGUGCACCUACGGGAUCAAGUGCCGGUUCUUCCAUCCAGAGCGGCCAAGCCGCCCCCAGCGCUCUGUGGCCGACGAGCUCCGUGCCAAUGCCCUCCUCUUGCCCCCUAGGGCCCCGGGCAAGGACAAAUGUGGCCGGCGGCCUUCACCUCCACCUCAGCCUGGCUCUCAGCCAACAGAGCGUGAGCAGUGCAGCUUAGAAGGGAAGAAACUGGGAGCCCGAGCAUCCCCAGGGCCCCACCGAGACGGUCUGACCCAGACCUUUGCCCCGGCGACUGCAGGCAGGAGCCUCCCACCCAGUGGGGGCAGUGGCAGCAGCUUUGGGCCCACAGACUGGUUUCCACAGACCCCGGAUUCUCUCCCAUACACCUCCCAGGACUGCCUGGACUCGGGCAUUGGCUCCCUGGAGAGCCUGAUGCCAGAACUGUGGGGGGUUCGAGGCGGAGGCCCUGGUGAGCCGGGCCCACCUCGAGGCCCUUACGCUGGCUACAGCCCCUACGGGGCUGAGCUCCCAGCCACUCCAGCCUUCUCUGCCUUUGGACGGGCUGUGGGUGCUGGCCACUUCAGCGUCCCUGCUGACUACGCACCCUCACCAGCCGCCUUUCCACCUCGAGAGUACUGGUCUGAGCCGUACCAGCUUCCUCCACCCACCCCCGUCCUACAGGAGCCCCAGGUGCGGGGCCCAGGGGCUGAAAGGGGCCCGUGGGGUGGGGCAGACAGCCUGGCCAAGGAGCGAGCCAGUGUGUACACCAAACUGUGUGGUGUCUUUCCACCACGCCUGGUGGAGGCUGUGAUGGGGCGCUUCCCGCAGCUCCUGGACCCCCAGCAGCUGGCUGCUGAGAUCCUCUCCUACAAGUCCCAGCACCUCAGUGAGUAGGCAGUGCUGUCGGCCCUCUGAGGGCUGUCAGGUUGGGCUGCAGGCUAUGGCACAACCCAUUCCCAGGCCUGAGGCCCACCCUGGAGGCUAGACAGGAAGGAUUAAAGUAGGGAAGGGAACCCACAAACCAAAGAUACUGUAGGAUUGGUUCUGGCCCGUUUGGCACCUCUAGCCAUCUGCCCAAGUGGGUCAGAAGUGAUCACCCUGUUGAUGCACAUUGCAUCUGUAGUUUAAGGAGACGCUGCCGGUAACGGCCGUGGUCCGUGGCUGAAGCCCAAACCCUCCUUUGUCUCAGGGCGGGAAGGGAGGCCGGGGGAGCAGAGGCCUAGGCUGGGGGCCCUCUGCACAGUCCCCCACCUCCAUCCUGGCCCUGGGAUGCCGGCCUAGGCUGGCGAGUUGGGCACUGUGUGCCUGCCCUCCAAGGGCCCCCCUCUAAGCCAAUGAGGCCUCAUCCAUGCUCUCUUGCAGGGCAUGAGGCUUCAUGUUAGUAAGCAAGAUGCUUUUUAACCUACCUUUCGUCCCCUCAGUUCCCCUGUCCCUCUGCCCCCGUCGUCUCCUCCCCCACCCUCCGCACUUGGAAUCAUCUCACUCUUCCACACGGGGCGGGGGAUGUGUGUAAUGUUCAUAUUCUAAGUGGGAAAUCCUUGCCUCCCUUAACACAUCAAUAAAGUACAAUGUGAGCCCCUUUAA